AUGGACUUCAACUAUGCCCCUCCACCACCAGGCAAACGAGCCAGGGCUGGUGAAAACCCUCUGAAUGUAAAGAAACAAAAGUUCGCCUCGGCUUUGGCUGAUCUCCCGACACAUCUACCGAACCAGGUGAGUGCUCCAUCGAGGCCAUCGCCAAAGCUGCAAGAACCACAGGUGCAAGAAGAACCUUCAGAUUCGGCCCCAGACCGUCCACAUGUUCCUGGUGAACCAAUAUUUAUUGAGGGAACAAGUAUUGUUCUUCAAACUGACGAGGAUAUCGCUAAAUGGAUCGAGGAGAGGAAGAAGAACUGGCCUACCAGGAAGAACGUUGAAGCUAAGCUUAAGAACCAACAGGAGAAGAACGAAACUGCCAAACCUGAACAAAAGGGACCCAGGAAACUUAAUGUCUGUAAGUUCUUUGCCAGGAACAGAAAGUGCAGAUUUGGUAACAAGUGCAAGAAUCUCCAUGAAGCAUCUAAUCAUCCACAAUCGAACAAUAACUCAAGGGUGAAAGUCAUCAAUGGCCUUGAAGUGGCUGUCCCUCAGCGUUAUAAGAACGAUCCAGCCUCCAAUAACAAGUCUUUCUAUAAGAAGCUUGUUCAAAGAGACCUUUACGAGCAUGAGAACAAUAAGGUUCUCGAUUUCCUUCUAUACUUGGAUUCCCAAGGAAAAAUCAACCACGACGUUAACGCCUAG